AUGAGCAAGGAUUCUGUGGAAUUCAUUCGAAAGCUAGUCGCUUGUCCAGAAUUAACCGAUUCGGACAUAGACGUUGCGCUGACCGCUGCUGGAGUAGACGAACUUCUGCCGGAUGGAAACAGAAUAUUAGCCCAAUUGGGCUUGGCGGCGACCGGGUUCUUGAUUGAUUCCAGCAUUGCCUUUAUUACGUUAUCUCGAGAUUUUACAUCGAAGCUCAAAUCCCGUGUCAACGGUAUCCAACACCGUGCAGACAUUGCAAAGCGUACUGGCAUCGACAAGCACUUGAAAUUUGAUUGUCGGCCUGGUGCUCGCUCGUCCGGCGUUCUUGCUAUAGCGACAAGUGCCCUUAUCGGAGCUAUAUACCUCAGGAAAAAAUGUUUCAUGUCCGUGGCCAAGGGACUUUACUCUCUAGGCGUCCUAGACGAGCACCUUGACCAGCUCAACUUAAUGGGAAUAUUCAAAGACGAGCAGACAAAUCCGCUGCUUUUGCCUUCCUUGGUGGAGAGUGACCCUGCCCAGACUAGCGAAAUCGAUACUUGGAGUCAAGAUAUUCCCCCUUUGCCGGAUUUUCCGACCACUCCGGAUCUAGGGGGCUUGUCUAACUAUACUAUGAAAGACUCUACAAUGAGAAUGGAUGAUUGA